CAAAAUAAAGCUUUAAAAUGUCCAUUUCUGCGCUUAUUCCGAUCGUCUCAUCGUCGGCGGUUCGUCGGCGAUUGCCAUUAGUGGGUGCCUUUUGUUUGUUCAGCUUAGGUCUCCACAAUCUUCACCCAUCACUUUCUCUCUCUUCCAAUCCCCUAUCACGGUUGAGUUUCGGUAGCAAAACGCAGGGAUUUCGUAGUAGCGGUAUAAGAAUGGAAGCAUCAAAUCAAACGACUGUGCCAAGUAUCGUUGUGUACGUGACUGUACCAAACAAAGAGGCAGGUAAGAAAUUAGCAGCAAGUAUUGUCAAAGAAAAACUUGCAGCUUGUGUCAACAGAGUACCAGGCAUCGAGUCAGUAUACCUGUGGGAAGGAGAGAUACAAACAGAUUCAGAGGAACUGCUGAUAAUUAAAACUAGAGAAUCCCUUUUGAGUGCUCUAACUGAGCAUGUGAAGGCAAAUCAUGAAUACGAAGUGCCUGAAGUGAUUGCAAUGCCUAUAACUGGUGGCAGUGUCCCCUACUUGGAAUGGCUCAAAAACAGCACAAGGGAGUGAGUUGUAAUUGUGAUUUUCUUUAUUUUAUAUAUUAUUUAUCAUAUGGUGUGAGAAUUCUGUCUGUAAAAAUGGUCUUACUAUGAAAAUGAUUUUAACCCUAAUCAAUCUAGUAGUUACGAAAUAAGA